AUGGGAAAGGAAAAGACUCACCUUAACAUCGUCGUUAUCGGACACGUAGACUCUGGCAAGUCCACUACUACUGGCCACUUGAUUUACAAAUGCGGUGGGAUUGACAAGCGAACCAUCGAAAAAUUCGAGAAAGAGGCUGCAGAAGUAAGUUCUGUUUCUGUUCGCGUGUUGUGCAAUUUGCCGUCUUUCAAGUAGGCCACAGUGAAGGCUGAUAAUGUAGUUUUUGAGGUUUGUUUCGUCGCGUACUGUUUCAUCUAUUAAAGCCAAGGUAUUCCUGCUAAUUUCCUCCAAAUUUCAUGUAUCUCUCGCGCCAAUUUUCGGUAGCACUUCUGCUUAUGGUGAUAUGCUGGCAUACAACGUUUUCAUGUGUAUUAUUAUCAUUUUUUGCAAGAAGUGUCCACGCAAACUUGAAGGAGCUGUGUCACGAAAUUCAGCUAAAUUAGGCAAUUACAAAAUGCCGGUUAAAUCCACGAGAAACACAAAAAUAGCCGCUUAAAACAUUAAAACACAACAGAUACAACAGACACGAAUGGGCAAAAUUGAAGAAGAUUGAAACGCAUUAAAAUGAGGGUUUUUGAAAACUGUUCAGCCUAACAGUUUUUCAAAGUUUAUCUCUGCAGUUUGCAACUUCAAAAAUAAUGCUCAGGGCUGGGUUGUUCAAAGCUGGGUUAAGAUAACCCAGGGUUAGUGCGAAAUUUGAAUAAAGAUUUGAAACCUUGAAAAGUAGAUUCAGUUUAAUUCUUUCUGUCAUCAAGUUGAUGGUUGAAUGCUCUUCAAAAUAAGGGAGAAAAUUAUCCAUGAAAAUGCUUUUGAACAAAAGAAAAAGAAACCCGGGUGAAAUUUAACCCUGGGUUAAGCACUAAUCGGCCUUCGAACAACUGAGCCCAGGAGACAUAUUUGUUUGUCUCGAAUCUCUGACUUUGUCAUUUACAUGUAAUUUCUUUGCUUACUUUAAGUUCCAUAGCGAUUGAGGGUGAGUAAUCAGCAAAAUUAAACAAAAUGAACUGGACUGCCGUGACACAGCCCCUUUAAAGAGAUAAGAGUUAUGCAACAAUUUUUCGACAUUACUUUAAAACCCUAAAAAUGCACUGGAAUUAGAAAAAAAACCUAAAGUAAUGGUUUAGUUAUGUCUAUAAUUACUCUACUACUAUACCUCGCCCUGUGAGCAGCGGUUUCUCCGGGCUGGACACUACACAACUAAGGAAGAGAAACCACUGCGAGUGGCUGUUUGCUUCUUUGAUCAAGCCUAACUUUGAACAGGUAGAACUUGUUUAAAAACAAGUUAAGGCUCUCACACAUUUGCUUACGCUUAUAACUGUUGCUUUAGUGUGAGCCUGCCAUGAAUUUGUGCUCUUUCAGUCUUCAUCCCAAUUUUUCCUACCCAGUUUGUCUAAUGUAGGCCAACCAAUGUUGAAUUCCAAGGGACCAUAUCCAAUUUCAUAAAGAGAAGAGAAAUUUUGCUGCGCCUUGUUUAUGUUCUCUGCAAAACUUGAAAUAAGGCAUUUCCACAUCGCAGUCAUGCAAAAAGGGCAAAGAGAUUGAAAAGCAGUAUGUUUACUUGUCAAAAAUUGGCUUUGCAUUACAAUUUGAUCACAAGAUCUUGAGUGUUAUGCUCUUACUACAGUAUUCUGCACAAGUCCCUUUUAAAUUGGACUCAAUUCACAAUUUUGAGAACAAAGUCAUUGUAAAAUGUAAAAGGUUGCUCGGUGUUGUUAGUGGAAAAUAGUUCUAUUAUAUCACCAAUUUUGCACCAAAGUUGCUGAUUGUAGGCUGGGAGGCAUUUUUUCAUCAUGCUCUAUCUGAAGAUCUUCAGUAGAAUCACAUUAACUUAUGAAACUUGCCAAUGAGAUGGAAGCUAGUGCAUUCAAAGGCUGGAGAAACUGGGGAGCAACUGGGCAUGGGGAGGAAGGCAUCCAUUUCAUCCUCACAAGGAACUAAAACCAAAGGCACCAUGAGUAUAUAAUUUUCUCUGAUUCAACAACAAUAUUAAAGCAGUCCGUUGGGGAUAAAAUCAAAGAAUGUUUUGAUGGCACUAUUGAUCUUUUCUUGUAAAGGACUGGGAAUUCAGCAAGCUGAAUGACCUUACUUACUGGCGAGACAAACCUAGAAACCUGGUCAAUCCUAACAUUUUCGCCUGGGCGGAAUAGAGUACCGAAGUGUGACGUCAUGGAAAAUGAAAUUUGUGAAAUUAUGGGAUUUGUUAAAAUAUUCUGAAAGAACAACGUCCAAGGCGCCUACUCGCCAAAAAUGAGCAAUUUGGGGCAGAUUGUCUCUGAGAUAAUAGCCCAGUUAUGCUCCGGUGACUCCAUACAAAUCCUUCUAAAUCUUACCCGCUUCCUAAUCUUAUGAACCAAGCCAAAUUUAGAAGGAUUUGUAUGGAAUCGUCUCAGCAUAACUUGUCUAAUAUCUCAGAGACAAUUUGCCCCGAAUUGCUAAUUUUUGGCGAAUAGGCGUCUUGGACGUUGUUCUUUCAGAAUAUCUUAACAAAUCCCAUAAUUUCGCAAAUUUCAUUUUUAUGACGUCAUCACUUCGGUACUCUAUUUGUGUUUUGGUUAACUGGUGAAGUCAUCUCUAUUAUGAUAACAUUGCUGAAAGUUUUAUUGAUUGCUCUUUCCAUGUUAGAUGGGCAAGGGAUCCUUUAAAUAUGCUUGGGUCUUGGACAAGCUCAAAGCAGAGCGUGAACGUGGUAUUACCAUUGACAUUGCCCUGUGGAAGUUUGAAACAACGAAGUACUACAUAACUGUCAUUGAUGCCCCUGGUCAUCGUGACUUCAUCAAAAACAUGAUCACUGGAACAUCACAGGUUAGCCACAAAUUUUCACUCAGUUAAAAAAGAAGCUCUUGAAGACAAUCUCUGCAGUAAUAUUGUAGUUUCAGGGAGAAUGUCAAAUGCUAGACUCGAAACUUUUUUGUAGCGACAAAAAUGGGGGUUGCCAUAAAAAUGAAGCAGCAUCACUUCACCCAGCCUCCCCGUUUUAAAAGAGGCAAGUCAGCCUGGUUAAGCAUGUUUACCCAUUUUGUUGGGCUGGCUUGACUCUUGCGUUAUUUCUUUAUAUUUUUUUGUUGUGUUUGUAUGAAAGGCAGCUGGCCUGCUUGUGAGAUCUUGUGUUUCUUGGAACAAGGUCUCCUCCAUAAUAUGCAAUAUUGCAUGCAAAUUACACAAGAAGUACACAUGCAAAUACACAUGCAAAAAAUACACACAAUAGUACAUAAGAAUACUUUGAAUAUCCGUCGUGCAAGGAUGUAGCUAAGAAAAUGAUAAGCAGGCUUUUUGGUUAGUCAAGCUGGCUGUUUUACUUAUCUCCAUCUCUAAGAUUCCCUCAUGUCUUUGUUUUCCUUUCAAUUUGAGCUGGUGAUAAGCUCUUUUUCAGCUGGAGAAAUUAGCUUGCGGCUGGCUUUUAGCGACAUCCCCCUGAUCAUGUGAUCUUAAGAUGCCGAAAUUUCAUUGGGUUAGCAUUAGAAAACAGAAAACAGAGCCUGAUACAAACCUUCUGUGAAAUGGCUGCCGCCCACUUUUUUCAUUGAUUGACAUUUGCCGAAUCAGCCAACCAAAAUUACGUCCGUUGCUUGUUUAUCUAGUAUGCAAAUUUUUCAUGCGUGGGAAAAAUGCAGACUGGCUGACUUAUAAAAUAGCUUUUAUCUUUUGAUUUUUUUCCAUCUAAGAAUAAAACAGUCAGUACAAUCACAUUUAACUUCUUGAGAGAUUAAAAGAGAUCUAAAAGGUUAUUUCUGUUGGUGUAGAAGGUUAAGGAUUUUCGAAAAGACAGCGACAUGAUGUCCUACUUGUUUUAUUAUUUUGGCUAGGCGCGCUCGAAUUUAAAAUACUGAAAUUUCUUUUUUCCUGUUACCUUAAUAUUUUCAUGAAUCAAAAAUAUGAAUUUUCUGAAUUUCCAUGGGACAUAUCGAGGCAUAAUUUCCUACCAUAAGACCAUAAAACAAUAAAAUAGACUCCAAAAUCGAUCCUUCUCUCCGCCGAUGGCGGAUCAUUCACGAAAACAACCACGCAAGGAAUAACUGCUUUCAAAUUAAGUUGUCCUUCUUGUAAUUUUAGUGGAAGAAACAAUCUGGCUUCAGCUGAGGCUAUCUAAUGCUAACCAUUUCAUUGGUUCCCUGGUGUUCUUUUUUUUUUUUUUAUAUUACCUUGCACCACAUUGGUCCGUCUCACCUUGAGUAUGUUAGCCACAAACUCUACUGUAUGCUGAUUAACCCUUUUAAGUCCCAAUAGUGACCAACAUCAAUUUUCUCCUAACAAUAUCCAUAGAUUGUCAAGUGCCACAUCCAUGAGAAUUAAUCAAAUGAUCACAAAGAGAAAAAUCUCUGAUCUUUUAUCAGUUUCUCCCAACUAAUUCUGUAAGGAAAUGUAUAGAGAUCAGUUUGGAGAAUUUGUUUGUGGAUAUUGGGGCUUAAAGGGUUAAUAAGCCAUGUUGAGAAAAGCUCAAAUAGUGAACAUUUUGUAGAGAUGACACCAAAUCAAACUGUAAAAUCUGUUUGUGUUUGUGUUCUUGAAAUGGAAUUUCAAGCGAAAUCUUUUCUCUCAGUAAAUGGCACAUUGUUGUAUUUGGUUGAUUCAACACAAACAAUACCCCUAGCAUUACAAGCAAAAGAAGCUACUGCUUAUUUAGGCCAAUGAAAAUGGAGGUCUGGAAGAGCUACUGUACGACUUAAUUGGUUGCAUUGGUUCUUGACCAGUAAAAGUUUUGUUUCUCAAACAAUUUAGGCUGACUGUGCUGUGUUAAUUGUUGCUUCUGGAACUGGAGAGUUUGAAGCUGGUAUUUCAAAGAAUGGACAAACCCGCGAACAUGCAUUGUUAGCUUUCACAUUGGGAGUCAAGCAGCUUAUUGUUGGUGUAAACAAGAUAGACAGUACUGAACCACCCUACAGUGAGAAGCGCUUUGAGGAGAUCAAAAAGGAAGUUGGUGCUUAUGUCAAAAAAGUUGGUUACAAUCCUAAAGCUGUUGCCUUUGUUCCCAUAUCUGGUUGGCAUGGAGACAAUAUGAUGGAGCCAAGUGCAAAUGUAUGUAUUCAACAGCUUGCCAGCAAUAGGGAGCUUAUGCAACGAUGACUGCAACCCCAACAGCAAAAAAGCAAUAGCUUAAGAUUAACAAAAAACAACUCUGCACAUGCAGCAUGCUUUUUUUGUACAAUUAUUUGCUGUGAUUGCUGGACUACAGCAAUGACAUUUCAUGGAGAAUGUGGACAGAAUUUUUCUGAACUUAUUUACAGUCCUUAAGGACUCAACUUCAGAGAAAAUCGGCAACAUUUGGCAAAUUGAUUAGAUGGAAUAAGAGGGGUAAAUUUUUAAACAGCAUAAAUUCACUUUUUAAGUGAUGUUUCCACUGCUGUUGCUUUUGUGGUUGCUUAAGCUCUGUAUUAGUACUAACUGGGUGACUUCUAGGCCUGUUUUCAAGAAACCCCUCUGCUUGAAGAUACUGUAUUUUCUGGUGUCUAAGUUGGGACAAUUUUAAACUGGCAAAGAGAUGCGACAAGCAAAUAACAAUUCCAUCAUGCAUAAAAUUCAGCUUUUAUAAAAAGCUUCAAUAAGGUUGCAAAACAACAAAUUUUCAUUAAAAAAACAUAAGGCUUAAGGCUCCUAUACCUGCUGACAAAGAAGAAGUGAAUUUUCUCUACGGAAACAACCUACCUAAAGAUCUUAAAAGCAAAAGAUCAGUUGCAAGCUUCCCAGCCAAGCCAUGAUUCCGACUACUUAGCUAGAUUUAAUAGCUACUUUUUUAAGUAAUAACUGGUCCAUGCGAGGGUCUUCAUUCGAGCAAAUUAAACUCAGCAAACUGAAUUAUUAGAAAAUACAGAAAACUGCACAUAAGGAUUUGUUUUGCUCGCUUCAGUCAAAUCCAGCUCCAGCAAUUGUUUACGUGCAAAGAGUCGAUUGUUUUGGAGUCACUGCCGGCAGUUGUUGUCCUCCGAUACUUCACAGCGAGUGAAAGGAAAAUUUGCGUACAGAAAGAUAACAAAACUAUGUAAUUAAAACUGAAAAAGCUAAAGGAAAAAAACUCUGACUAUUAUUACUUGAGCAACAGAAAAAUGAUCGAAGUAGUCUUUUCUUCUCGAGUAAACUUGCUGGCUUUCUAAAGUUCCGAGGAAGUUUUAAGUUCUAAAGUUUGUUCACUCGCAAGCGUUAGCAUUACGGUUCUUUGACACAAGAUAAGGAUAAAGCUGGUUCUGCAACGGUAAAUAAAUCUGGGCAAGUAAAAAGACUAACCGUAACUACUAAAAACAGAAUACAAGCGGGUUUUAAUUCAGUCCGGCGAAAGAAGGCGAAGAACUGGACACAAUCAAUUCACAAAUCGAAUGCACAAUCGGUAUCAGAAAAAUACAAACCUCUCUGGAAAUGUUGAAAACGUUUUAUUCCUCCUCAGACUGACGGAUGAUCUGUUUUUACUCUAACAUUGGUUGUUCUGAAUCCAAAGUAAUUUUCAAGUGACGAAAAAACAACAACAACAAAAACAAAAAAAAAGCCUUUACAAGGAGCAAAAGUUUGCACCUCGUGUUUUUCAUUCAGUCUCAAUCAGAACUCUCACAGAACUAGACAAACAAACGCAGGCGAUAAGGGAUGCGCAGAGGCUUGCGCAGAACGUUUUUCCGCCCUGAAAGACCAACAUUGACGUCAUGUAGUCUCCAGUCUAUCACGCGGCCAUUUCAGAAACGUUUUCGUGAAGUUUUUGGAAAUGCUCGGAUUUUGAUCUUUUAUCUUUCUAUAAAGGCUUGGGAAGAAAAAUCUUUACCCAAAUCUCACUUAGGAUGGUUCUUUUUAGUGUUUGGUGAAGGUAAAGCGACAAAAGAAAAUAUGUCAAUUUUUUGCUUUAUUUGACCUUUAAAAAACACCAUUAUUAUUUUCUUAUUUUUAGAUGCCAUGGUUCAAGGGAUGGGCUAUUGAACGUAAGGAAGGAAAUGCCAGUGGAAAAACUUUGUUUGAGGCCCUGGAUAGUAUUUUGCCCCCGAAAAGACCCACCGAUAAGCCUCUGCGUUUGCCCUUGCAGGAUGUCUACAAAAUUGGAGGUAAAUAUAAUGUGUAACGUUCAGUCAACCCUCCACUAAUGGUCACCUCUCUACAAUGGCCACUUUUUUUGCCCCGAUGGAUAGUCCAUACAUUGACUCUUGAAUAAACCUCACUACAACAGCCAUCUCUCUACAAUGGCAACAACCACUACAGUGCAUCCCAAACUGCCAAAAUAACCCCUCUACAACGGCCAGUUUUUUUCAGCGGCUUAUGAAAAAGUCAAGAAUGGUCCUUAAAUUAUUUUAAUCCGUAGGCACAUCAGUGAUUAAUUGCUGCAACCCUAUUUUGGAUUGUGCUCCAUUUAUACUGCUGAAGUAAACAUAAAUUGUCUAUGAUACUUACGAACCUUGCUGGUUUUGUCACAUGGACAUUUUGAUUCAAAACAUCAAUUCUUUAUAUAAUAUUAUUUCUGAUUGGAUUACCAUUAUGGGAUACAGUAGGCAUGAACUUGGCGCAACAAACAUGUUGUGAUCUGCAUAAUGGCCACUUUCUUCUGUCCCCAAGGUGGCCAUUGUGGAGGAGGUUCGACUAUUAUUUACCAGAAAAGCUGUCCUUCCCUCACUCCCCCCUCCCUGCAAGUGAAAUUUAACAAGUACAAAAGAUAAAAGAGAUACUCGAAAGAAAAUGUUACCACAGCCUGUUUGGUACAAGUGCAAACAAGUUGUUCUCAUGGAUCCAUAAACAGGGGAUGGGUUUAUUAGUAAUUAGAGACGGGAUGGUGAUAACGCAGUAGGUGUUUAAGGUUCAGAAAGGCAUCAAGUCAGGUUGUAAUGUUCUGGUGGGGUAGACUGUUGCAUUUACAAUAAACAGGUCCUAAUUAUGUGACUUACAUAAUCUCUUUUAACCUACUUAAAAGGUAUCGGAACAGUUCCUGUGGGACGUGUGGAGACUGGAAUCCUCAAGCCUGGGACAGUUGUUACUUUUGCUCCUCAAAUCCUUUCCACUGAGGUCAAAUCUGUGGAAAUGCACCAUGAAGCCCUUGCAGAGGCUUUGCCUGGAGACAAUGUUGGCUUUAACGUUAAGAACGUUUCUGUAAAAGAUGUUAAGCGUGGUAAUGUUGCUGGGGAUAGCAAAAACGAUCCUCCAAAAGGAGCCAAAAACUUCACUGCUCAGGUAUGUUGGUGAAAACUCAUCAACCCUCAUCUGCCCUUGUAAUGUGUUUUUUAAAUAAGAUGAAAUAGAUCAAAUAAAGCCUGUUUCAGACGCCGCUCUGCUCAUGUUCCGAACGUGAUGAAUUAAGUGAGGCAAAGAGUGGUGUCUGAAUCAAUUUUGGUAUGGCAGUUUUAGUCUGGUGUGGCAAAAGUGUCAAGUUGGACAGAGUCUGUCCAAGUUUUGUCGAACUUAACUUAGGCUCAACACACUGUGCACUGUCUGAAUCAGAUGUCACGCCAGUGUCGCUCUAAAGUUAAACUUAUUCAAUUAGGUUCAGCACAUGAAAAGUAUAGUGUCUGAACCAGGCCUAACUGACCUCAGGUUAAACAAGGAGAUGCCUGAAAGUGUUAAUUCAUGAUAAAGCAGAACAAUAAACAUCGUAUGUACAUUGAUUAGGAACUCUAUCACCAGCGAUAUUUAAUGUCAAUAUGGAUUCUACAGUAAAAGCAAAAUGGUGAUGAUGCAAUAAAAGAAGCAUACUUUGGGAUUCAAUAGUGAUAAAUUCAAUAGGUGUUAAAUGGUAUAUGUUGCAGUGAAAACCAACAAAAGUACUUCGACUUAACUUUUAAAUUCAAGAGUAUCCUUGCAGUGUGAAAAUUGCCUGAAAAGUCCAGCAACCUACAUUCAAUUAUUCAUCUCUACCUCUAUCUCUUUAUUUCUUGAGAAAGACACUCAGCAUGGGAAAUGUAAGACCAUUGCAUUGUGUUGUGCAGUGUACCCCUAUAAUAAUAUUAUUUGAUAAAACUGAGUAUGAUCGAAAGAAUUGUGGUAAUUGAGGAUGGUGUUAUCUGCUGCCUCUGCAGAAGACACCCUCUAGGAUCUACAUAAUUCUUCAGAUCAUAAGAAAGCUGUAUCCAAUUCCUGUAAGAAAUAUUAUAACAUUCAUUCAAAAUAAUUCAUACCUUAAACAUUCUUACCUCAGUUGAUGUUCUUGUCUUCAUUUUGUGUUUCUCAACAAAUUUAGGUUGCUGUUCUCUAUCUGUUUAGUUGAGCUAUUCCUUCUUCACAAAACGUAUGAAAUUUUCUGCCAUUUUCUCCAACUCUACCAAAGCAACUGAGCAUCUGUAACCUUGUGCCUGAGGCUUUUCCAUUGCCAUCCCAUUUUAUUAUUAUUGAUGCAUUUUACCAGUUAUCCCAAAGUUCUUUCAUAUUUGGUCAAAACUGGCUGGUUAUGAAGAAUAAUAAGCCACGUGGAUUUGAGCCAGUCAGAUACAGAAAGAACGACAUCUGUAAAAAAUUGGGCUCGAUAUGCCAAAUAGUUAUAAGAAAAUCUCUUUGAAUUUCCAUAGAUAUCACUUGCCAACAGCUGAAAAUUCCACUUACUGCUUUAGUUAGAUAAUUAUAAUACCCUGACAACGUUUGUUGAACAAGAGCUGACGCAUUCAUCGUUCAUCAAUGUUGAACCAUGUGCAACUGUCUUAAAGAGGUUAAAGUGACAUUUAAGUAGCACAUUCUUGUCUUUCUAUGCAGGUCAUUGUUAUGAACCAUCCAGGGGAAAUUCAUGGAGGAUACUCACCAGUCCUUGAUUGCCACACUGCUCAUAUUGCCUGCAAAUUCAGUGAGAUUUUACAGAAGAUAGAUCGCCGCAGUGGUAAAGUAUUGGAGGAAAAUCCCAAAGCUGUCAAGUCAGGAGAUGCUGCCAUGAUUGUUAUGAUUCCAUCCAAGCCAAUGUGUGUGGAGACAUUCCAAGAGUAUCCACCUCUUGGCCGCUUUGCUGUGCGUGACAUGAAGCAGACGGUAGCUGUUGGUGUUAUCAAGAAAGUUGAGAAGGAGGAAAAGACCCAGGGUAAGACGACCAAGUCAGCCCAGAAGAAGGGAGCAAAGUGAACUGCGGUGCAUAUUUUCAAUUCCAAAAGACUCCUCCUGCAAGUCAAUCAUGCUGUUGUUGUGAAAUGGCUUCUUUUAUAUUUGUUUCAUCGCAAAUCUGUGAGGAGGCGGAAACAGCCUGUUGUGCUGUUUCCACUAAAAUUCUGAAGGAUAAGUGUACUUGGUAGAAAUAAAUAUAAUUAAGUUACAGCGAGUGUUCUGGUGUGCAUAUUUCAAAAAAGUGUAACGUUGGUCUGUUAUGACCUCUUAUUAUUCCACUAUUAUGUCAUUUUACCAUAAUAAGGUCAAGAGAACAAGCAAAAUACGAGGCCGUAAUACACCAUAGUGUCCUGGUUUAACCGGUUUACAACAGGGCGAAUACCGGCGGAUGCAAAAGGAGCAACUGUGGCUGACAGAAUCAGGAUGUCUUGGAUACUCUCAUUAGAAAAUAGAAGCCAAAAUACCAUUUUUCUUUUGCAGUAAAAUAAUUAACCUCUCAUUCAAUGGUUUGGCAUAUAAUACGCGCGAACAUUUUGCUAAUUGUUGACGUCAUUCUCACAGACAGAAUCAGGAUGUCUCUGAAUACUCUUACCAAAAAAUAGAAGCCAAUUGCGAUCGUGUUAUAAACCUGAUAAAAUAUUACCCAUGAAGGGAAAUAAUUGCGAAGGAAAUAAUAGCGCCUAAGGUAUAACAAGAAUCGCUGAAAGGCGAAUUUGACUGGGCUGCCAAGGGGCCAUUUUUUCUGAGGGGAGGGGGUGGCUGCAAACACUCCGGCCAUCACAUAAUCUCAUCACCAACCAUUGCCUGACAUAGAGAGAAUCAUAAACUCAUUUGAACAUUGUACCCUUUUGGAAGACUUUCGUAACGAGAAAAAUGAGUCUCAUUUUAAGUCGGGGCUGUACAGUCGCUUCUCAAAUUCCACCAUUAUGAAUAUAAAUAAGCAAUGAGCACAUUACUUUCCUGUAAGGAAUGACUUUCACACGUAGAGCAAGAAUCGCAAUAACUAAAAAAAGAAAAAUUGGCUGUCACAUUUUAAACGGUUUAAACUUCAGCAUAAAGUGAAAAGAAACCUCGAAAGCGACCCAUCCUACCAUCUUUUAAAAAAGGCACUGAAAAACAAUGAUAGCGUGAGAGACAUCUUUAUUCAAUGGAUGUUUCCACACACACUAGCAAUCGCGUUUUGGACGGGAGAAACUCAUCAGAAGGGUUAAACUUCAAAAAGUUAAGGAAAACCGCAAAAGGUUCUUAUUGUAGCAUCUUUUUAAGGAGACGAUGAAAAAGCACAGUACGCUAGCUUCAAACACAUCUUCAUUUAAUG